ACUUUACCUUCAUUGACGACGGAUAUCUGCAUUGGAAUAAAGCACACCAUCUGAAAAUUGAGCACAUAGACCACCACCCGCCUCCGUUAAUCACCCACCUCGAACCGCCAACUGUUGUCCUGUACUAUGUAUGGUCGCCGCUCUACUUGUAAUCUAUAAUAUCCUUUCUUUGGUUCCAUCGGGUUCUGUUCUUGAGCGCUGGUAUGUUUUAGCUCUGAUCUUUUUUCUUUCUGAUCAUGAACAACAUUGCGUAUUUAGACUCCUGCACUACUUGCAUGUGAAUGACUUGAGCAUUGCUCUUACUGCUCUGCAUACAGCGUCUUCUAUGUUUACUAUGUCCCCACUAAUUGGGUUGGAAAUACAAGGUGCCAACACGGGGUAUGGAUCUCACUCUAGACAGCUCUUAGUCACAUUUACUACAUGCUGUCACCCUACUCCCUGUACUGGGACCGCGAGUGUAGGUUAAGUUUAGAACUGAGCUCUUAGUGUUUUGACCGUGGUUUCAUGUUUAUUUCCUCGAUUUAACCUAGACGAGAAUAGCAGAUCCUGUAACGUUAUGCCCCAGGGUUGAUUGGAUCCGGUUACUAAUCCCCCCAAAGCGUGGGAACCA